AUGGCCAUGAAACGAGCUGCUGUCCUCAUAGAUUUGUCUGGAACUCUGCACAUCGAGGACAAAGUUACUCACGGGGCAAUAGAAGCUCUUGAGAAGUUGAGGAAAUUGUUUCCAAUAAAGUUCAUCACAAACACGACUAAAGAGUCUGCGAACAUUCUUCAGGCUCGUUUGAAACGAUGUGGCUUUUCAAUUGAAAAAAAAGAAAUUUUUUCUUCCUUGUUGGCGGCUAAAAGUUUAGUUGAAGAGAAACAGUUGAGACCUAUGUUGAUGCUGGAAAAGGAAGCGAUUGAGGAUUUCGAAGACAUCGACUGCGCCAAUCCGAACGCUGUUGUCGUUGGUUUGGCUCCUUCCCAUUUCUAUUUUGAACGAAUGAAUGAAGCAUUCAAUCUGCUAUUGGGUGAUUGCGAACUAAUUGCAAUUCAUAAAGGUAAAUACUACAAGCGAAGUGAUGGACUUGCUCUUGGGCCCGGUCCUUUUGUAACAGCCCUAGAGUUUUCGUCAGGAAAACAGGCAACUGUGGUGGGGAAACCAAGUCGCAAGUUUUUUGAGAUGGGAAUAAGUACGUUGGGAGUUGAUAUUGAUCUAAAAAACACAAUCAUGAUUGGAGAUGAUGUGACUGACGACAUUUUGGGUGCUCUAAACUCUGGUUUGAAAGGUAUUUUAGUCAAAACUGGAAAGUAUAGAGAAGGUGAUGAGCUGAAGAUACCAAUAGAACAAAGGAACUGUGUGGAGAACUUCGCAGCUGCCGUUGCUUUGAUUGAGUCAGGAACUGUUUUAUGA